AUGAUGGAAUGUAAUAGCACUGUUUUGCAGAGCUGUACCCCUGAAGUUUUGAAUGAAACAAGUCCAAUGGUGAUUUCAGGCAAGCCAAAUCUUCCCAUCAUUAUAAGGAUAUUACUAGCAAUAGUUAUGAUGUCAAUGAUUGCAGUUGGUUUCCUUGGCAAUGCAGUUGUGUGUUUAAUUGUGUACCAGAAACCUGCAAUGCGCUCAGCAAUCAAUCUGCUCUUAGCAACCCUUGCAUUUUCAGACAUCAUGCUGUCUUUGAUGUGCAUGCCUUUUACCAUGGUCACCAUCAUAACUGUUGAAUGGAUCUUCGGAAGUUAUUUUUGCCGGAUAUCUGCGAUGCUUUACUGGUUUUUUGUUUUGGAAGGCGUAGCAAUACUUAUGAUAAUCAGUGUUGAUCGUUAUUUAAUCAUUGUGCAACGGCAAGACAAGCUGAAUCCUCAUCGUGCCAAAAUAAUGAUCGUUAUCUCAUGGGCAGUUUCCUUUUGUAUUUCAUUUCCAUCAGUGAUUGGCUGGACCAUGGUGGAAGUGCCUACUCGAGCACCCCAGUGUGUUCUGGGAUACACAGCCACUGAGGCUGACCGUAUUUAUGCAGUGGUCUUGCUGGUUACUAUUUUUUUCAUUCCUUUCAGCGUGAUGCUAUACUCUUACCUCUGCAUUCUGAAUACAGUGCGAAGGAAUUCUGUACGAAUCCACCACCAUGCAGAAAGUCUCUGCUUGAGCCAAGUCAGCAAGCUAGGAUUAAUGGGCUUGCAACGCCCUCAUCAAAUUAACAUUGAUAUGAGCUUUAAAACCCGAGCCUUCACGACUAUUUUAAUUCUCUUCAUUGGCUUUUCUUUUUGCUGGUUGCCAUACACAGUAUACAGUUUACUCUCUGUUUUCAGUGAGAGCUUUUACCACGGUCGCUCCUUCUAUACUGUUAGCAUCUGGGUCUUGUGGCUCACUUACCUGAAAUCAGUCUUCAAUCCUAUCAUCUACUGCUGGCGAAUUAAGAAAUUUCGGGAGUCCUGUAUGGAAUUCAUGCCUAAAACAUUUAAAAUUUUACCAAAGCAGCCUGGAAGAUCAAGACGGAGAAUUCGGCCCAGUACAGCCUAUGCUUGCAGUGAGCAUCAGUCAACUGUAUAAAUUAAAACAUUUGUUCAAAUGCAUUUUCAAACAGCCAUAAACAGAGCGUUUUGGGGCAAUGUGAACUGAUCAUUCA